AUGAACAAAGUGCACGCACCAUGCCGUCCCACUGCUGCACUCACCUUUACCAUUGAUAACAUCCUUAACCUGAAGUCCAGUUCGAAGCGCGCAGAGAGCCUGCCUUCUCCGCAAAAUGAAGUGGCCACGUGCACAGACAUCUACCAGAAAGACUCGGGACAGCACCACAGACCUGCGCUCAGCGAGUUAAUCGCCGAUUCAGUCAUCAUUAGUCAAGGAGAAGAAAAGUCCCCGGAUAUGCGUUUCGAGAGCGGGGACAGCAGCUGCGAGGACAACAGCUCUACAACCACAGACGCGUGCCACGGUGGAACCUCCGCAAAGAAAAACAAAAUGAUUACGAAAAAGAAAACACGUACAAUCUUUUCUAAGAGACAGAUUUUCCAGUUGGAGUCUACGUUUGACAUGAAGCGCUACCUGAGCAGCGCGGAGCGUGCGUGCCUCGCCAGCUCCCUGCAGCUCACAGAGACUCAGGUAAAAAUCUGGUUCCAGAACCGCAGGAAUAAACUUAAACGGCAAAUCUCGACUGAAAUGGACGGUGCCGUGGGAGACUUUCCAGAGAGCGGGAAGGCAGUGGCUCUGGGGCCGCUGCCGGCGCUGUAUAAGGAGAGCAGUGUGUUUGGUAGGUGCUUACUGCCCAUGCCUCUGCCCGUCAUGUACCCGGGAAGCAGCACGCCUUACCUCUGUUUCUCUGGCGCCUCCAAGUACUUCGGCUUGUACGAUGGGGACGUAUGA